AUGGGUUCUCGGCGCCGUGGCAUGGGUGGCCACUGCAUGGGUGCUCGCACGAGACACGAGACAGACACGAUACAGACAGCGGUGGCCGGUCGCCACACUCCUGCUCACCCCACCCAUCUCCCGUCCAUCUCUGGUGACGCGCUGCUGGCAGCGGCCGCGCUCGUGAGGGUGCGGGUGCUGCCGCUCUAUGUCGCCCACGUCUGCCUGUCGCUCCGCCAGACCACGGACGACGUCAUGGAGCUACCGUUCCCGUGGUGGAAGGUCUUCUUCGUCACCGUCAUGGGGACGCUCGGGAAGCUCACCAGGUGCGCGGCGGCGGGACUCCUCCGAGGUCUGGGGAUGCUGGAGGCGCUGGCGCUGGGGAUGCUGCUCAACAUGAAGGGGUACUUCCACCUCUACUACGCCCAUGAGCGUGCAGUGGCGGCUCAUGGGGCUGCAGCACCACGACCCGUCCAAGGAGUUGCGCCUCGUGGUGGGGCUACACGGCCCGCAGGACGUACCGACGCUGUCCUACAUCAUGGAGGCGCUGCGAUGACGGACCAGACGGCGGCGGCCAUCGUGAAGGGCGGCAGAUUCGACGGCGUGACCGUGGUGGACGAGGAGGUGUCGGAGAUGCGGAAGCUCAUCGGCGAGGCGCUGGACGCGUACCAGUCGGAGUGCGGCGGCUGCGCCAAGGUGAAGGUGCGGCGGCUGCUGGCUCUGUCGUCGUUCCCGGAUAUGCACAGCGACAUGUGCAUCUGCGCGGAGGACGCGAUGGCGGCGCUGGUGCUGCUCCCGUUCCACAAGGCGCAGCGAUCGGACGGCAGCAUGGAGCCGGGCCACCACGGCUUCCGGGUGGUCAACCAGAAGGUGCUGCAGCUGGCGCCGUGCUCGGUGGGGGUGGUGGUGGACCGAGGCCUCGGUGGGAAGCAUGCAUCCGUCGUCAGCACCAGCUCCCAGUCCCAGCAAUCCCAGACGGCGCCCGUGGUGGUUGUGUUCAUCGGCGGCGCGGACGACCGCGAGGCCCUGACGCUGGCGUCCCUGAUGUCGAAGCACCCGGGCGCAUUUGUUCUCCUUGCUUCCUGCUUCUCUUAUGGUGACUGUAGUCCGUGGACAACCAUGGCAUUGGACGAGGUGGAGUUAGCAUGA